CGCUGCGGCGGUUCGGUGGCUUCCGUCCCGGCGCGGUGAGGCUCUCCGGCGCGGGCCACGCUCUUCCUUCCCUGCUCCGGCCUCGACCACGGCGAGCCUGAGCGCGGCGGCGGCCCACGCGCGGCGACGGGGAGAGAUGAGCAGCAACAGCAAUAAAAGAGCUCCAACAACAGCGACCCAGCGGCUGAAACAGGACUAUCUUCGAAUUAAGAAGGACCCGGUGCCUUAUAUCUGUGCUGAGCCCCUCCCUUCCAAUAUUCUUGAAUGGCACUAUGUGGUCCGAGGCCCAGAGAUGACUCCGUAUGAAGGUGGCUAUUAUCAUGGAAAACUAGUUUUUCCCAGAGAAUUUCCUUUUAAACCUCCUAGUAUUUAUAUGAUCACGCCCAAUGGAAGAUUUAAGUGCAAUACGAGGCUGUGUCUUUCCAUCACGGAUUUCCACCCAGACACGUGGAACCCGGCCUGGUCCGUCUCCACCAUCCUGACGGGGCUCCUUAGCUUCAUGGUGGAGAAGGGCCCCACCCUGGGCAGCAUAGAGACAUCGGACUUCACGAAAAGACAACUGGCUGCACAAAGUUUAGCAUUUAAUUUGAAAGACAAAGUCUUUUGUGAAUUAUUCCCUGAAGUCGUGGAGGAAAUUAAACAGAAACAGAAAGCCCAAGAUGAACUCAGUAGCCGACCCCAGGCUCUCCCCUUACCAGAUGUGGUUCCAGAUGGGGAAACACACCAUGGUCAGAACGGGCUUCAGCUCCUCAAUGGGCACGCGCCAGGGGCUGGGCCACACCUCGCGGGGCUCCAGCAGGCCAACCGGCACCAUGGACUCCUGGGCGGUGCCCUGGCGAACUUGUUUGUUAUAGUUGGGUUUGCGGCUUUUGCCUACACGGUCAAGUACGUGCUGAGAAGCAUAGCGCAGGAGUGAGCCGCGUGCCACGGCUGGCAGAAGUGGUCAAAAACGAGGGACACUGGGCCCGAGCUUGCCACGGGCUGGCUGGACGUGUCGCCGAGCGCAGGGUGGACCUGCCUGACUCCUGGGGUAGCUUUUUAAAAACCUUGAAAAGGAAAACAAAAACCAAAGUGUGUAAUUUGGAUUUAGAGGAGAUGCAAGAUUCUCAGCUCCCUGUCCUCACUCUGGGGUCUGUUGGGGACCAUGGAGCUUGGGUGCCGAGGAGGAGGGGCCUCACGCUUUGGUUUUAUAGCUUAUCUCCUGUAUCGUCUUUUGGACCUGUUUUAGUAAACCUGUUUUUCAUUUUAUUAGAUUUGGUCACUUAAAAAUACAAAACUCGAUUAUCA